UUCAACUGCAACCAGCGAUUGUUCUUCAACUCUGUUUCUUCAUUCAAUUAUUACUCUUCAUCAGCAUCAUCAAACGUGCUUAAACCCGGCGACAUUUUGAAGCAAUCCAGAGUAUUUUCCAUAUCUGAAGUCGCGGAUUACUCGAAGCUAACACACGAUCAUAAUCCGCUGCACUUCGAUUUGAAAUGCGCCAGAAGCGCUGGAUUCACGGACACUCCUAUCCCGGGAUUGCUCGUUGCUUCCUAGGAUAAUUGUUUCUCAUUUUGUAAGUGUUUCUUUGAAUUGCAUAUGAAUUAUGCAAGUGAAUGCGCUUGAUUGUUACCGCGUCCUUGCUCAGCCGGGGGCGAUUUAUGUGAAGCAGACGCUGGAAUUUAGGGCACCGAUUUUCGUCGGAGAUGAUGUUGUUGGUGAAGUGCAGGCAAACAGCAUCAGGCAGCUCAAAGAUAAGUUUAUGGUGAAGUUCGCGACUAGUUGCGUUAAAGAUGGUGGAGGUGUGGUGAUUGGGGGUGAGGCCACUGCGAUUCUGCCCACGCUGGCUGUCAAUCACAGGUGCCUUUGAGCUACGUAGUGACGAAUUCAUCGAAGCUGCCAUUUUUGUUGAUGUGUGCUUACAUUUCUGUAUCCUGAAUUUGGUGUUUUGAAUGUGAAGAAGGUUUGGUGAGAGAGAGCUGCAUAUUUCAUUUUUACAUUUUGUCAAACUGGUGAAAUAAUCAUAUUGUGCUGCACAAUUUGGAGUUUUUGAGUUGGAA